AAGGUACUGUUUUCAUUAUUCCAUUUUCAACGAUGUGCAAACCACUUGACCCCAGCUCCAGCUGAUCUGAUCAAAAUAUCAUGUGCGCGCCGUUUACACCUCUGGCUGUUUCUUUUGUGCGGCCAAGCGUUAUGCGACGCAAUUGCACUAUUGCGAGGACGACUGCGAGCGACGCAUUCUUCUUGGCGGACCCGGCCUAUGGAAAUGAAAGGCGGAAGCUGCAUCGGCAUCGCAAGUCUUUGGAGCGGUUCGGAGUUUUGAGCACGGCGGUCCUCGUGCUCGUCUUGCUACAGAUGAUAACUACGGGGACUUAUUUUCUCAUUGGCAGUCUGAGUUUGCACAUAUUUCGCCAGGUGCCCUAUUGGAUUUGGAAUAGGACGACUGUGGAGAAUAUCCCUUUUGCCCAGAAAAGGCACAACGUUCGGAGUACGUGGUGGGGUCGCCACGGUUGUCAUCAUUCGACGGAUAUCAUUUUUUUUGCGAGCGCUAAGAGUCUCCGAAAAACACCAUUUACUCGACCGCGUCGUUCCAGAACUAGAAGCAGUUUCAAAAGCGCAGCAGAUGCACAGGCUUUCAGCUUAUCUCACUGUGAAGAACUCGUCUCAUUCUCAAUCAUCCAGCCAAGGAGUUAGCUUUGUACCUUUUUGGAUUCAUUACUAAGCAUACUGUGCAUGAUCAGGCAAGUGCACGCAUUUGAACUUUUGCCAUGGAUGAUCUUGUCGAGGACAUUGCCGAUGCAGGAGAUCGAGAUACUAUGUCUGGUGCUGAGGAUAUUAAUGUAUGACGAGGAGCCACAAGCCAAACUACAGGACCAAAAAACUGGUCUAUCAUGCUGGGGGUUUGGUUACUUAUUCUUCGGCUUUGCGUCAGCCGUCAGGACCUGCUACUGCAACUGUUUUGCAUUUUGUAAUUGUAUAGAUACGAUACGAUGCGACGAGUUUUUUUUUACAUGGAAUAUGACAUGAGCGACGAAAUUACUAAGCUGAAAAAUGUCUGCAGCUAAAAAAAUCAAAAUUUUUGCGUCCUACAUUUUCGGGCACCUUCUUGUGUGUUUAUUUUUUUUCACAAUGAAACGAAAGCAAGGAAAUGGGCAGGCCAGGUAUUCCGGCAAGGCCUCGGCGGACGAAGCAGAGGAGACAGCUCAGCCACCGGGGGACUCUGUGCUUCGGUAUCGGUGGAUGUCGUCCACCCGGGUUCGCAGUUGUAGUUCUUCAAGUUCCCAAACUCCCUCCUGAUUCCUGACGAUUUACCUAGUGCGUGUCUUGUUUGGGAAUGGGCUGAAUCUGCUGAAGCAGAGGCUCGCUUUUGGUUCAAACCUCGCGGCCUCGGAGGAGGUCGACUCGGGGAUGAGCUCAAGUUGCAGGGUUUCUGCCUGCAAAUUGAGCUCGAUUCAGCUCGGGGUAGUGCGAAAAUGGCGGCCAAAAUUUGUCGCCCCGGAGGUCCGCGACUCGGGAGGGCUCCGAAGAGGUGUCCGAGGACACCUCAUCUGGAGGCCAAUUUCGGAGGUGCAGAGUUUUUUGGCGGCGCAGACAAACACGAGCUAUCUGCCCCACUUUCCCCCCCUCGCGCCAAAAAACUCUGCACCUCCACUUGGCGACCUCGUUGCCGAGGUGCAGAGUUUUUUCGCGGAGCCACGUUUUGCAUCAAAAAUCUGAACCCUCACAGCACGGCAUUCUGCUGAUCCAGGGGCUCAGAUUUGUGACCUGGCCCGGAGAGCGAGCCCAAGACGGGUCAUAAACGAAGGCCAUUUGUAAUGCGAAGCGCGCAUUACAAAUUGCUUAACGCCGGACCGUCCGUUACCAAAAACGAUUUCAAAACGAAUUCAAACUGAAUUCAAAAUGCCAGCGUUUUGGACUUCUUGAGCCGCUUAGAUUCUUCGUCGCAAGAACGUGGCGGGCAAUAGUCCGGUUUCCGUGCCCACUUCAUGGCGGGGCUCGGGUGCGCCAGUGUGGUGGGCCGCGUGUCUGAGGGGCGCAACACAAGAACUCGACUGCAGUUCCACUGUCGGAGGCAAAUUAGAUAUGACGCGGACCCUAGCAAAAUGGUGCGGUAGACGGAACAAGGGGUGGGCGGCUUCAAAGGGUCGAGCGGCAGCUUCGCCCGCUGUGGGCGCACUGCGUGGACGCUGCCGGACGUGCCGUCCUGCGCCUUGGGCCAGACGCCCCAAUGGAGCCGUCAGAGAUGCGACGUCUCCGGCGCCUCCUGGGGCGCGGGCUGAUGGCAGGAGGAAAGUGCGCGCGUGCAAUUUUAUUUCCGGAGCUAUAAUUGUGCCCUGUCCGGUUCCUUGUAAGCCGGCGGCAAAGAGCGCCCCGCGAUUGGGCGCGGUGCGAUGCUCUGUGGUCCGGGUUGUAGAGCGCCGGCCCUUUCGUGGGCCGGCCCUCGGGGCAGAGCGCUUUCCUGUUCUCAGGACAGGGCAGCUGGGUCCAGCUCUUACCACGUGCAACGCAAGGCCGACGCGUUGACCUGUGGCAUGGGGCGGGCCCAGCGUUCAAUUUCAAAUUGAAUCCGCGAAUUCAAAGCGAAUCCGCGAAUUCAAACUGAAUCCGCGAAUUCAAACUGAAUCCGUGGGCGCCUCUUCAAUUUCAAACCAAAUCCGUUGCUUCCUGGAGCGGCCACACCAAUUUCGAACGGAAUCCGAAUUCCAUCCGAAUCCCAUCCGAUUUCCAUCCGAAUCCCAUUUCCCUAAUAAGGAAUUGGACUCGGAUGAAAAAAGGAUGGAAUUCGGAUUCCGUUUGAAAUUGGUCGGACCAAUUUGGGGUCCAAUCCGUGACCUUCUUCUGCAUCAGACCAGAACGUCUGGGCUAUGUUGUAGAUUUUUGGCGCGCGCUGCCGCGCGCACCGCUAUCCGGGUGUUCUUCAAUACCUUUUUCUUUCAUUCCGCGUUGCCUUGUCGUUGGUGUGGCGAGUUGUGUUUCUUGGCGCUGCAUCGCAGCCUCUGAGGAGCAGGGUGGGCCGUCACAGGUGACGCCGGGUCUUGUCAUACAGCCCUUCUGUGUUGGUUGAAUCUGCUUCACCUGCGCUUCUGCCUCUUGGGCGUUUGAACUAUAAAGGCGAUGCUCAUGGGCGAACGCCGGUGGGGAGCCGGCGUCUCCCAUGGAGCGCUUUCUGCUCAGAUUGCAAGGCUUGGCCGUGAAGCACGUGGGCACUGCAAGUGUGGGGCCAACGGAGCUGGGGCUUCGUUCAUUCGAGAACUUUUAUCGUGUGCGGAUUACCAACCCGGAGCAGCUCUUUCGUGGUGGUGCUGCAUCCUGAGCACGCUUGCUCCUUGUUCUAUUUCCUUUUUUCGCCCACACCAUAAAUCCUUGCCGCGCUGUGCAUCCUUGCUCAGUCGAGACAGAAUGUCGCGCGUCUGUCGGACUUAUCUUCCUGCCGCGCCCGUCGUGGUGGCAUCUGGGGCCAUAAUGAGAGGGCGUAUGGUCGGAGCCCGAUGCGCGAUUGCGUGCGGCCUUUGUGCUUCUGGGUGAGGACCUACAAUCCAUGCCCGAAGCGUUUCACGAUGCUUUCCCAAUUCUCUUUUUUCGAAAACUGUGGCAUUUUGAAUUCAGUUUGAAUUCAGUUUGAAAUCGAAUUACACGACGGCACGGCCAGAGUUAAAAAUUGCCACUUUCGGGGGGAGGGGCUCUGCGCCCUAGCACCUCUCUGAGGCUGGCGUCAUGUUGUUAUCUUAGGUGCGAAACUUACCCGAAAAAUGGCAGUCGGAGGCCCCUACCUGUUGCCGCAUUUCCGUGUGGAGGUAGCAAAACAAGCUCGUGCGGGACCUUCCAGCAAAUGACGCAGGAAUGGAGCGCAACACCUCGGCCAAGUUCCCCAGCACGGAGUCCGCAGCGCUCGCAAGCGGGCUGCAGUCCGGGCGAGAAGAGAAGAACACGAACUGCACUACCAAAAAUUUUGAUUUUUUUAGCUGCAGACAAAUUUCAAGUUAGUAGAAAUGAAUACAGAUGGAGGUGAACAAGAUACUUGGGAAAUUGACUCUGACGCCGGUCGUGUGGCCUCAUCUAAGGAGGACGAGAUCCUUGACGACGGUGAAGACGAGCAUGAAGCUCCUCCUGACCACUAUGCGAAAAGCAAGGACGUCGACGCGGAGGACGAAGAACAAAUACAAAAGGAUUCGCGUGCUACUUCUUCACCUCCUCGUAGGUGUAGCGGCCCCGGAGGAGUUAGCGAAAAGGGACAAGCGAAAAGUUGUAGCUGGGAUCCUGCUCAGGAAACCCAAGAUCUUCUGCAGCCAAGAGCAUCUUCACUCGAUAGCAGGAACACAAUUGCUCCUGUACUAGUAGAAGUUAUGGUGAACGGUACUGACCGAGGACCACUUGGGGUAGAGGUAGUGGAGGAAGCGAGCUGUAAAUCGAAGGACAAGGAAAACCGCAAAAACGAUAUUUAUUUUGGCAAAGGAGGUGGGGGGAGCGAUGGUGGUACGGAGGCGAAAGAGGCGCAGCUACACAGUGGCGAGGCUUCGGAGGAAGCGUUCCCGCACGACGUGCACCACCGUGAGCUGUGCAAGUUCUUUCGCAAACAGUUUCUCGCGAAAGACAGCAGAGUCGGGGAGAACGCUUUGCGACAAAUCACUGCGGCCGGUGUGCAUGCAGGAGUUAGCAUGGCGGUCCCCGACAAACAAAGCAGCGUUGAUGAGCUGUUUCAAUUCUGGUGCGACAAGAUUAAGUUGACGGUCCAGCACGGCGAGAAGGUCGAUCAUGCGCAGAUAAUCACUGGAAGGGAAAAGAACAUCGGGAAGAAGACUCUGAUUGUGCCUGUUGGAGAACAGGAGGACGAAACUACCGGGCGGGCACGCCGUGGUUUUUUUCGGACGCCAGCGUCCAACAGCCUCGGCAGGGGGAAGGACAGUGUUGCGCCAGCGCCCUUCACUGCACAAGCAAUUGUUCUGGACGACGAGGACGAGAAGCUACACGAACAACACUUCGGAAUUCGCCCGCGGUCGGUUAAAACUUUCGAGACCAUGCCUGUUCAUAGUUUUUACGAUGUCUCGCUAGGAAAGCGGCUGGUGAGUCUGCUGGACGACGGGGGACCGGCGCAGGCCGCGGAAGUGCUGCGUGGAUCUUUCGGUGUGUCGGAUGAGCCGAAGCACGGCCAGAUCGUGAAAGUCCUCGCGUGUAGAGGAUCCAAAUGCCAUCACCCCGGGAAAACUGGAGAAAACCGGGAGGGCUGUGGCCUUUGUCCCGAUAUUGCAGAGGAAAUCUUCACAAACUUGAUGGUCAGCCAUGCCACAAAUAAGAGAUGCGUAGCCCAGAUGACGCGGAUCGUCAGUUUUGUUGAGGCGACAGCCCGUGCACCAAUUGACGAAGACAAAAAGACCGAGAGCGAUCGUUAUCUUGAACACGCAGAGGCGGGAGAAAGAAGCGACAUCGAGGAUGGGGACGGGGAGCCGGCUCCUGGCAUUCGUCCGGAUCCAGCAAAGCCGGGUACGUGCUGCAACGCUCGGUGCGGAGAUGAGGAAUACUCAACGGUCUAUCUGCUUUUCUUCGAAAGAGUCGCGCUUUUUGCCGACGAUGGCGACCAGGUACCACAAAACCUGUACACGACAUCCGCGCAAGGUUUGAUGCGCGAGCCAGGGCAACCGGAGCGCUUGACUCACAGCUUUUUUCAAUGCUUGGCAGCGUUUUCGACUUUUGGCUUUGUGCACAACGAUCUACGUACUGUACACUUGGGUUGCGCCCUUGGCAACAGAGGGAAACCUAGGCCGGAAAUCAAGCUUCUUGACCUUGGAGGGUCCUCGUUUGUUGCCCUCGACAUUGCUGGAAAAUCUACCGGUGUUGUUGUUUUCGGCAGACAAGUUGUUGUUGACGGAGUAGUCACGCCGAUCCUUCACCAUCAGGGCCCACGGAAUCCGAUUUUGUACAUCACAGGAAUAGGGCUGAACAAGUUCGAGGGAGAGGGUGCCCCCAUUGAGUUGUCUCCGUCGGAAGAUCGGCAGCGGAAAUUGCUACUCCCGAACGAAACAUCAUGUAACUCAAUAGCGGAGAGGGCAACGUACGGCCCAGCGCUGGACUGGUAUGGGGCAGCUUUGGGAUUGAUCAUGUUUUUUGAUCCUUUGCCCGAGGAUCGGGUCGCCAGUUGGGACAAUUUGCUGGACCAGGACGUUUUCAAGUUUGGGAUCGCGAACGCGCAAGAAGGCUGCGGCAAGGAAAUGCGCGAGUCGACGAUGUUUCCCGGCAGGAACCGUGCAGAUGAACACAGCUCACUCUCUUCCAGCCCAAACAUUUUGCUACACCUCGAAGCGAGCCUCCGAGAUGGGAGACACUUAUCUGCCCCGCUCGUGCGCACCUUGCUGACGCCGCUCAAAUACUUUUGGAAACCAGAGUGGGCACAGAAAGAGACGAGAGCGCAGAUGAAGCGAGCUUGGCUUCAAUUCACGAAGAUGAAAACACGGGCACGAGAAGCACCAGAAAAGGGACACGACCACUCAGGAAAUCGUGACGAUUGAAACAAUAUAGUAUUGUGACAGAUGCAGAUCCUCAUUCUCCUCAUCAAGAUGAUAAUUUAUGAUGAAUAUCAUGAGCACCGGUAUCUAUACGUCACUCUGUUGUCCUUGUCCCUACGCCUACUCGUCUGACAAAGAGAAAAACGUCUUUUGGUCUUAGCAAAUUGCAAAUUGUAAAUAACCUACUUAUUUCAAACUGAAUCAGGUCAAGUUUCAGUCACAUCAAUCAAUGAUCUGGUAGAUGCGUAAAACAGCAUCGACAGUCUUGCUCUUCAAUCGAUUGCUCAUAAGAGAAAUAUGAAAAAACACAGCAUAGGAGUGGUAGCGUGACGUGGAUGUGAUCACUCCCGGCAGUGAUGGCGUUGUGGAUCAGGAGACUGCCUCUUCUCGAC